AUGAGAAUCUGCCUGGAGACCACCUUCUUCGGGGACCAAGGGGACACCAUGCAGUCUUCAGCUCAGCCUCCAUGGCGACAUGCUCUCUUUCCACCUCCCACCGAGGCCUGGCUCCAGAGGGUUUUCUCGGACCCCGAGGCCCAAGGCUGGGGGAUGUAGAGCUGGAACGAAAAGACCCCACUGGAGCAAGAGAGUGGGGAUAGAAAAGAGGAGGAGGGGCCUGGGAAAGUGGAGGAUGAUGAGGAAGAUACAGGCUUCCCUUUGUUUCUACUGGAGAGGGAGGACCUGGCUGAGCACCCAGUACCUGACCAGGAGCUGGAGGCCAUCAAACUGAAGCUUCGGGCCAAGGAGCAGGCCCAGGGGCCAGAGCUGCCCAGGGCGCAGGGUCAGGCCAGAAAAGAGGAGGCAGCUAGGUCUGUGCUGGCCCAGCAGCUACUGAGUCCUGAGACAGGCUGCCCCUGCUCUGGGAUCCCUGAGAAGGUAGAAAUGGGCCACAGAUCCAUCUAUGUGGGCAACGUGGACUAUGGGGUCACUACUGAGGAGCUGGAGGCCUACUUCAACAUCUGUGAGGUCCAGCAGGUCACCAUCCUGCGUAACAAGUUUUCUGGACACCCCAAAGGCUAUGCCUACAUCAAGUUUGCUACUGAGAGGUCAGCCCAGGCUGCUGUGGGCCUGGACAAGAGCAUCUUCCAGAGCCAGGUCAUCAAGGUGCUGAAAAGGUGGAUGGAAGGUCUGUGUGUCAGGAACUUUGCCAAGGUCACCGAGCAGGCCAGGGCAGAGCCAGGCUUGGUGGAAGAAGUUCUGAGCGUGGUCAGGACCAUGAGCAGUGGGGCUGCAGGACACAAAAAUGGCAAAGAACCUGGCUCCCUGACCCCAGAAGGGACUGACACGUCAGCCACAGUCAACUAUUAG